AGAUGUUCCAGACCCUCUACGGACAGACCGCUGCUGCUCUCUACGCCAAGGCUGCUGGCCAGAACGCCCAGGCCCGCCAGCUCUACAACGCCUCCGCUGACACCUACUACAAGGCCAACGAUGCUGCUGCCUACGACGACUGGGUUCGCGCUCGCAACCACUGGGACUACUUCUACAACCGCUCGUAAAUCGUAAAUCUCUGAGCGUUGUAGUAGAGCUUUCCGCUGUUCUCGAAUAAAGUAAACAUAAAAGCAA